AUGGCUCUCUGCAUUCAAGCUUCGCGGCUUCGGCUUCUUCGACCUCGUUCUCCCAUUCCCAUCGCUCAUGCACGAUACCAGUGCCGAGGACCGGCGUUCUCGAUUCACUCAAGGCUUCUCUCGACACUUCCUAAUAUCCCAAUAUUUCGAUCACUUCAGAAUCAUGAUCUUUCCAGUGUCGCUGUAGUGCAUAGUGCAUCGACUCGUUCCUUCACAUAUGGGAACCUUAUUGCCGAUGUUCUGCGCGCAAAGGAUGAUCUAGAGCGCAAGGCGGGUAAGAAGGGCAAGUUGGCUGGCGAGAGAGUUGCGUUCUUAGCAGAGAAUAGCUAUGAUUACGUAGUAACCCUUCUGGCUAUCUUUGCCAGUGAUGCCAUUGCGCUGCCCUUGUCACCUUCAUUCCCAGUUAGCGAACUUCAGUACAUCUUGGAUAAUGCCCAGGCGAAAGUAUUGCUCUCGACAGAGAAGUAUGCUGACAAGGCGGGCCAAAUCUUGGAGGCUGGUUUGAAGCAAGAACCAUUGUUUGAUAUUCUACGAAAGAUCGAGGUCGGUGCUGCUACCGAGUCUGUUCAACUGGAUACUCUCAAGCAACCAUCUGGUGGUAUGAUGCUGUAUACAUCAGGGACGACUAAUCGACCGAAAGGCGUUCUUAUCCCAGAAUCCGCACUCGCCGCACAGGCUUCAUCCCUUCUACAGGCAUGGAAGUACUCCCCAGAUGACCGCCUCCUACAUUUACUCCCAUUACAUCACAUCCAUGGCGUAGUCAACGCAAUUCUCGCACCUAUCUUCGCCGGCUCCUCCAUCGAAUUCCUGUACCCGUUCAACACAGAACAAGUAUGGCGACGUCUAGCUUCUCCAUUUCUCUCUGAAAACACCACUCAUCCUAAAAUCACCUUCUUAACCGCUGUUCCAACUGUCUAUAACCGUCUCAUGAGCGCCUUCCCAUCAUUACCCCCGGAUAUCCAAUCCGCAGCACAAAAGGGUAUCUCGCCUGAACAUCUCAGACUCAAUAUCUCCGGCUCAGCUGCUCUACCAACACCUACAAAAGAACAAUGGACCUCUCUUAGUGAAGGAAACGUCCUCCUGGAACGAUUCGGCAUGACAGAGGUUGGAAUGGCUAUUAGCUGUGGUCUUGAUCUCAAUGACCGGGUAGAUGGCAGUGUUGGAUGGCCAUUACCAGGUGUUGAAGCACGUCUUGUGGAUACAGAUACAGAGACUGUUAUUCCUGAGGGCCAAGAAACAGAUUCAACAGGUCGAGUUCGUGAGGGUGAAAUCCAGUUACGCGGCGCUACUAUUUUCAAAGAGUACUGGGGAAACGAAAAAGCUACAGCGGAGAGCUUCGUUGCUGCUGAUGAUGGUGGUAGCCCGUGGUUCCGAACUGGUGAUGUUGCUACGAGGGAGAUUGUCGAGGGAGCUGGAAAGGGAACGAGUGGAGAAUGGGCACGCGGUCCUAUGUAUUUCAUUCGAGGACGGAAGAGUGUCGACAUAAUCAAGACGGGUGGUGAGAAAGUGAGUGCGCUGGAGGUGGAAAGGGAGUUGCUUUCUCUACCCCAAAUCGCUGAAGCUGCGGUUGUCGGUCUACAAUCAGAGCAAUGGGGCCAAAAAGUCGCUGUUGUCAUCGUUCUACGUCCGGAUGCUGCGUCGACUGGCCGAAAUGGCAAGUCGUGGGGUCCGAUGGAUAUGAGACGUGCGUUGAAGGAUAGACUGGCGGGAUAUAAGAUUCCGCAGGAGAUGAAGAUUCUGGACAGUAUUCCUCGCAAUGCGAUGGGCAAGGUGAACAAGAAGGCUUUGGUGAAACAGGUGUUUGGGGUUUAA